UACUAUCAAAGGCCCAAGUUUGUGACUUCAAUUGCACGAUGCAAGCCCAUCUCCAUCUUCCCUUAUUGGGCAAACACAUGGCUCAAACGGCCUCCCAUUGGCUGCAGGCCGUCAGUUCCUGGCACCAAUGAAAGCCGGUGUUUCCCGCUCGUUUCAAUCGCCAACUCAAUUCAACUCCAUUCACGUCACAAGCCAAAGACAAUCUUCAACUUUCCAUCUUCACCGCAGACACCAGCCAUGGCUGCUCCAACCGUCGCUGCAGCAGAGAUGCUCCCUCGCUUCCUCCUCCCGCGCCUCAGCUGGGGUCCUCCGUCGCAAGUUGUACGCCCCUUGGUUUCGAGUCACCAGCGACGCUCCUUUGCCUCCUUCCAGACUGGUUCUGCUACCCCUCGAUGCUGCGCUCGCCGCGCCGAGAGCCCGAUCCUCAAGAGAGCGUUCCAUGCGACAACUGUACGACAGCGAGAUCACCACUUUGACACACUCAAGUUUGUCAAGCGGUUACAGAGCGAGGGGUUCACCGAGGAGCAGUCAGUGGCUAUGAUGAAGGUCUUGAAUGACGUUAUAGAGGAGAGCAUCCAGAAUCUCACCCGUACAAUGGUCCUCCGCGAAGACGCCGCCAAAGCAACCUACACCCAGAAAGUCGACUUUGCCAAGCUGCGUUCCGAGCUCCUCUCGGCCGACAGCACCGAGUCCAACACGACGCGCACAGCGCACGAGCGCCUGACAAACGACAUCGCCAAGCUCAGCAGCCGCCUGCGCGACGAGAUCAGCCGCACCCAGGCCAGCGUGCGCCUCGACCUUAACCUGGAAAAGGGCCGCAUCCGCGAGGAGGCCGUCGGGCAGGAGCUCAAGAUCAAGGAGACCGAGACAAAGAUUGAGCAGGAGGUUGCGGCGCUGAGGGAGAAGCUGGAGCAGGUCAAGUUUCAGACGCUGCAGUGGUUGAUGGGUGUUUGCACUGGUUUCGCGGCGCUGUUGCUGGGUGCUUGGAGAUUGCUCAUGUAA